AUGAGUUCAACAGUUAUUCUGGGCUCGGGCAUUAUCGGCCUUUCGAUAGCCCAUUACCUUGCUGACCACCAGCCUGGAUCGACUAUCCAUCUCGUUGAGCCAUCACCGGAGCUGUUUGCGUCUGCAUCUGGGUAUGCCGGGGGCUUCCUUGCGCGCGACUGGUUCUCGGCCAAGUCUGCAUCACUGGGAGCUCUAAGCUUCGAUGAACACAAAAAGCUCGCGGAGGAGAACAAUGGCAAAGAGAAAUGGGGUUGGUCAACGAGUACGACGUACAGCCAUGCAGCUGCGCCCAUCAAGAAGAGCGAGAAUGGCGAGAGAUGGCUGAGUGAAGGGGGCAGUCGAGCCGACGUUGUCGAAGCCGUUGAGACACACGGCGACGGCCCUUCGUGGCUACGUCGCGCCGCCGGCGACGAGGUCCAAGUCAUUGGAGAUUCGGAAACGACCGGCCAAGUGGAACCCCUCCGCCUCUGCAACUUCCUGCUCGAAACAUGCAAGUCAGAGGGCGUCCACCUCCACCACCCAGCCACGGCUCUCUCCAUCAACACCGAUCUCCGCGGCGAGCUCUCGACAGUUUGCAUUGGUGACACGAAUUCUUCCACAGAGACCGACGUUCCCUGCACACGCCUCGUGAUCGCUGCAGGCGCCUGGUCCCCGCGCGUCUUUACGCAGCUCUUCCCCGGCGCGUCCAUCGAGCUGCCCAUCUCCAGCCUGGCAGGUCACUCCCUCGUCGUCAAACCUCCAGGCGACGACACAACGCAAACAGGCUGCCACGCCAUCUUUAGCACCGACGGUGCCGGGUUCUCGCCAGAGCUCUUUUCUCGCGUCGGUGGACAUAUCUACAUUGCCGGCGUCAACGCUCCAGAGCUGCCCCUUCCAGAUUUACCAGGCCAAACGCCAAUCUCACCAGCCGCGAUAGACCAGCUUCAACAAACGGCGGGGCGCAUUAUCCACGUACCAGAAGGUGAUCUCGAAGUCGUCAGGAAAGGCCUCUGCUUCCGCCCCGUGACGGCCUCCGGAGAGCCUAUCCUGGCCCGCAUCCCGGACUCCCGUCUCGGAGACGGGAUAUCAACCCGCCCCGGCGCCGAGGGCGGCGUCUUCCUCGCGGCCGGCCACGGGCCUUGGGGCAUCAGCCUCAGUCUCGGGACAGGGAAAGUGAUGGCGGAGAUGAUGCAAGGACGGAAGCUGAGCGCCGAUAUCUCGCGACUGGGACUAACAUGA